AUGGCAGACAAUGAGUGCUGGCGAAGGAGAGACGGUCUGGAGGAGGAAGCCAGGAGAGAAGCUGGGGAUCGGAAGAGGCUCGACGCCAUGUGCUGCUCUUCUUCUAAUGAUGGUGGUGGCUGUGCGGCCGCCAAGAAGAGAGGGAAGGCUCGUGAGAGCCCAAAGAAGGCGAGGCGGUAUGCGCUGGUGUCGUUCCGGGAGCUGCCGGAGUACAUGAAGGACAACGACUUCAUCCUUGGCCACUACCGUGCCAACUGGCUGCUUGCCGAGGCCGCCCGCAGGCUGCGGGCCGCAGCUUGUUCCAUUGGCACAAUGAGACGCUCAACGUCUGGACGUCAAACUCUUACCAGUGCAGGAACCAAUAUCUCUUAUUCAAAGGAAUUGCUUUUGGGUACAAAUUCUUUGGUGAACUUGAAUAGGAUAUCAGAUGAAGAAAUGAAGAUCGGUUCACUCCAAUCAGCUGCGACACGGUGGCCGUUCUUCGUCUUCUUAGGCCGAUCCAUGUUCUGCCUCCUCUCGAGUAGCAUUUGCCACCUUUUCUCAUGCCACGCACACAACUUGAACAUCCAACUGCUACGGAUGGACUAUGUUGGCAUCAUGGUCAUGAUCAUCACCUCAUUCUUCCCCCCAAUCUGCUGUAUUUUUGAGUGCGAGCACCAUUGGCAACUGAUCUACCCUGGCGGAAUAACGGUGAUGGGGAUGUUCACCGUCGUGACACUGCUUGUCCCUUCUCUUUCUUCUGGGAAAUUCUGGGUAUUUUGGGCAAUGAUCUUCUCGUCCAUGGGGUUUUUCAGUAUCGUACCUGCGAUCCAUGCCUGUACUGUGAAUUGGAGCAAUCCCCAACACCCAAUCAUGCUUGCUUAUGAGUCAGCUAUGGCACUAUCUUACAUUACAGGUACUUUGUUUUAUGUUAGCAGGAUUCCUGAGAGGCUAAAACCAGGUUGGUUCGACCUUGCUAGUCACAGCAUAUUUCACAUCUUCGUGAUCAUGGGCGUGUUAGCUCAUUAUGGCGCUACUUUGUUGCUCUUACAGUGGCAAGAUAAGAGUCGGGUGCGAUAGAACUGUAUAACAAUACUAAAAUUUGUCAAAAUUCAAUUCAUUUUGAUUGAAGAGAGUGUGAGCUAUUUGCUGGGGUUUUCAUGACGUUACGUUGUUGGUGUGUGUACGCCCCAAAUCAAGAAGCCUCAAGAAGAGAUGGCGCUCCAUGACAGAGGAGAUGCCUCCAUUUAUAAAGAAGUGGAAUGCUCAUUGUAUUUGUUAUAUACUUCUCAUUAUCCGUGGAUAAUUUGAUUUUACAAUGUGAUCAUAUGCGGGUAAUAAUCUUUUCUGGUUUCAUGUUA